AGCCUCAUGUGAUGAUACCAAGCGCUGUAUGACGUACGGAGCUCGUGAGAGUGCAAGUGCUUCCCGCGCGAGUGAUAUAGUGAGAGUGCUUAUUAAUUUAUAUUAUAAAAUAUUAUUUUCUACCGGUGGAAAUAUUUAAUUUUUUAAUACGGGGCCGCCGAUUUGGUAGUUAUUGUUGUUGUUGUGGUUAUUGUUGUUGUUAUAACUUAUAAAUAUAAGUACUGUGCUAUUGAUGUUCAAUUGUUAAAAUGAAGGUCUUCGCGUUGACAAUUGUCAUUUUAGCCCUUAACGGUUAUGUAACGAGAGCCACGUCACUGGACCCUCUCGAAAACGUAGAAAUUGACGAGUCGAAAACCGAUAGAGACGACUCGAGAACCAAGAGGUCCGGGAACAUAUUUUCAUCACUAUUGAAGAAAAAAUUUGGAUUACUUAGCUCAAUAACCGGCACGUCGUCGGGUAAAUCUAUUGGUCAUUUUGACAAUUAUCCAGAACAUUUCGAAGAACCACUGUCUUAUCACACAAAAUCGUUCAACUUAUGGGGCGUUAAAAAAGCGAUCAUGUCGUCGGUGUUUCAAGCGGCUAAAGCGAUAACGGGUGGAGUGAUUGCUCUCAAGGGACAACUGAUCAAGGCUAAAGGGCACGCGGUCGUAGCCAAAGGUAAGCUGAUGCAGACCAAAGGUGAAGCGAUUUCGAACUUUGGCAAAACCAUUGCGACUCACGCGUUUGACGUCCACCAUGAACCACAACUAGACGUACAUUCCUCCGUGGGCCUAUUCAACCACCUGCCUGUCACGCCAAUCCACCAUCCAACCAGCUACGGAGCUGCUACUGCGUUUGGAUACCAAGGACAAGGGUAUCCGAGCAACGUGUACCAGGGCAAUGCAUACCAGAGCAACGCGUACCCCAGCAACUCGUACCAAGUCGCGCCUCCUAGUUACCAGACAGGAUUCGGGGUGCCACAAACCGGAUAUGACAGUGGUGCGGGUUACGGUGGAUACGGAGGUAACGGCUUCACAGCAAAAAGAGCAGUAGUGCAGAAUGCACAGGAAUCAACUGUCAAACAAGUGCAAAGUGCAUUCGACAAGGAUUCGGUUCACGCUGGAUUGUUGAUCUUCAAACCGAUCAAAAUGCCUGUGCAGAACGUACCGGCAGCCGGUAAUCUGGUGACGUCUCAAAGCACGGCCAGCUCACAGCAGGCGAUCGGCCAACGGCCGUCACAGCAACUGGGUGCAGGUGCAUUCAAUCCUUCAAGUUUUAAGACUCCACAGCAAGGUUUUGGAUUUCAAAAACCGUUUCCAAACAGAUUUCAAUCGGACGUUCUAUCUGAAGAAUACUCGCCGGACUUGAGCCCCGGUUACCAGGCACCGGACAUUGGUUACCAGGCGCCGAACCUAGGUUACCAGGCACAAAACCCCGGUUUUCAGGCACAGAACCUCGGUUUCCAGGCACAGAAUCCCGGUUUUCAGGCACAAAAUCCAGGUUUCCAGGCACAGAAUCCCGGUUUCCAGGCGUCGAACCUCGGAUAUCAGGCACCGAACCUCGGUCAACAGGCGCCGAACCUCGGUUACCCGUCGAACGGAGGCAGCGCCGAACAGACCGCGGGUCACGGUUUCGGCGGAGGGCUGCAGAACUUCGACUUCCAGCAGCCGGCCAACAGCCAAGAGUUGGGCCAACAGCUGGCCGCGAUCUCUGGCCAACAGCUGCAGCAGACGUCCUUUUCACAGGAGAGUCUCAACGAUGACCAACGUGACUUGGGUUCGGGCGUGGACGAGCGGAUGGCUCAGCCAUCGUACAAACGCGUUAGUCAAGCGGUCAAUACCAAGCGAGGUGGAUCGGGAUCGAUAGGUCAGUCAACGCCAUCGGUCACUGCGGACUUCAGCAAUGGCGACGAGGCGAAAACGAAAAAACGAAGCGCUCCACUGCCGCCGUCACAUGUUGACGAAAUCGUUCCGUUGAAGUACCACGACGACUCGACGGCGGAAGACCAAGCCAGAUUGAAGCAAACCGUCCAACGGUUUUUCAGCAUGCUACAGAAACAACGAUGAGAGUAUCUAUUUAUGGACUUACAAGUAAUCUAUGGAAUCAGAAUAAUUGU